AUGGGUUUUGAUAUCCAUUACUAAUAGUCAUUCUAAAUUAAGAUGGAGAUGUAGAAACUAUAGUAAUUGCAGCUCUUAUUGUACUAGCAAGAUGCAGAAGUCAUCAGAGAGCCAACCAUUGGAGUUGGAAAUGUAAACAGCAAUUCAUCAGCAGUUGCAAACGCAAAUUAAUUUGGGGUCACAGUAAAUGUCAUUGAUCCAGUUGCACCUACUGCUAGAGGUGAAAAGUUUAGACCCAAAGUUAUUGAUUAAGAAUUUGCCACUGGAACUAUAAACUCACAAAAAUAAUUAGAGAGAUCUAUUUACCUAAAUUCUCGAACAUGGUGA